AUUAUGUCUGGCAAGAGUGGGACAUUUACCUCUUCAAGAAGAGAGAACAUUGGAAUAAAAACCAUUGAAAAGGACCAUGCUGAAGAAUUACUUGCGCUUUUUAAAGAUGAAAUUGCUGAUUUAAAUAAGAAACAAAAAGAUUUUCACAUUCAAACCUUUCUGUCGCCUGCAAAAGUGGUUAUACAAACUAAAACACAGGGGGAUAAAACUGUAGAAGGUGUGAAAAAUAAAUUGCUUAGCUGGUUGGAAACACUGACCCAUGAAAAAGUUAUAACAGAAAUAGAGGAGGACAAUCAAAAGAAAAUACGAGAUUAUUUGAAAAGAAAAAAAAUAUUUUUCAGGGAAUCCAAAUCUCAUCAAUCGCAAGUAUUUCGUAUGAAAUUUAAAAAAUCAGAUAACGGUGCUGGGGACUGCAUGGCAAGACUUAGUGAAAUACUGGGCAGAACAGACCAGAUGAGCGCUGGUGAAACAAAAAUGGGAAAUAAAACGAUAAAAAAAUCCCCCUUUUCUGAAAUCAGUAAGUCCCAACCUGACAACACUUCCGUUAAACGUUCUGUGGACGAGAAACCAAGCAUGGGAACUGUAGGGGAUCUUUCUCGACAAGUUGAUGAUCUUGAAACGAAAUCGCGUUCCUUCACAAAAAGCCUUAAAGCUGAAAAAGCACAGGAGAGGAGAAAAGUAGAGGAAAGGGAAAAAUCAGACAAGCAAGUAAAGAACUCUUUGUCAUUGGAUCCGUUAGUGCAUUUACCAAAUGACGAUUCUUUUGGUACAAGUCAGAUGUCAAAGCCCCUGAAAAUUUCAUAUAAACUAGACGUUCCCCUUAAAAGUGGAUUGAUUUUUAGAAUAUACACUGCAGAUAUUACGAAAUUGAACCUGGAUGCAAUAGUUAACCCAGCAAAUGAAAAAUUGUUGAAUAAUGGAGGUUGUGCUUUACAUAUUUCUAAAGCCGCAGGAAAGGACUUUGAAGGCGAUUGUAAAAGAAAUAUAACAGAAAAGAAAACAAUCAAAGUAACAGAAAACGUGGUGACUAGUGCCGGAGAUCUUCCGUGCAUAUGCAUCAUAAACGCUGUCGGACCAGAUUGGACAAAUUAUGAUAAAGGGAAAAAGGUAAAAUGUUUAGAGGAUCUUCUAAAAACAGUCAUUAAUAUACUGGAAAGAGCAGAAAAGACACAGAUGUCUUCAGUUGCCAUUCCACCUAUAAGUUCAGGAAUAUUCGGAGUUCCUGCGGAGGUGUGUGCUCCAAUGUACGUGAAAGCGAUCACUGAUUUCGGCGAAAAACAGAGAAGGAAACUACGAGAAGUGCAUUUGGUUGAUUUGGAUCCAAGCAACAAUAUCUUAGACUUAACGGCAUCUGCAUAUCACACUUCUCUGCAGAAACGCGAAAGUCUAAACCCUAAUGACGUCAUGCGACGCUUCGCUCAACAAUGUCUACCAGGCACAAAGUCAGUGAACAAAAAAGACAAUGUAGAGGCGUCUUUAAAUCAAUCACGAUGUCACUUUGUAGGAAAUGACAAAGGAGUAAUCUCAUUUGAAAUGGACAGAAAGCUGAAGAUAUUUAUAUACAAAGGGGAUAUUGUUUCUCUUAAAAAUAUUGGGAUACUUGUAUGCUCUGAAAAUAAAGGAGUGACGGGAUCUGGAGCUCUUGCCCAAAGCAUUCUUAAAAAUGCUGGUCAGCUGUACCAGAAAGACUUGAAGAAACUUAAGGAAAAUGUAAGCAAAACAGAAAAAUAUCUCAAAGUAGGGACCACAUGCGUUUUGCACGCAGGAAAACUUAAUUACCAGCAUGUGAUUCUUGCAAUAAUAUCUCGUUUUCUUCAUGAAAGAGCUCCACAAGAUGAUGAAUUACUUGAGUUGCAGCAUACGGUGUAUCAUGUUUUGAACCACGCAGACGAUAUUAUAACACCUGUAAAAAAGAAAUCUGCAGCGCACCCUAACUCUCUUGCAAUGCCUCUAUUAGGGGCUGGAAAGAUGACAGAACCUCGUCAUUUAGAAAUGCUUUGCUGGUCCGUGUAUUUCGCCAUUGACAGUUAUAUGAAUCGUAGUGAUGAAGUCGCUCUUAAUGAAAUCCACUUGGUCAGUUUCAAUGACAAUACGAAUGAAGCAUUCAUCAACGUCUUCAUGGCAGGAUCAGCUGAAAAAUACAGGCAAUCAAGACCAUUCCCACCUACGGCACGACCUGCCUCAGCUGAUCUCAGUCAACACAAAACUUCUACCAAGGAUAAGGAUAACAAACAUGUAGAAAUAUGGACAAUGGAAUCCAGAAAGAAUAGUCCACCAAAUAUUAAAACAUAUUUCCAAAGUCCAACAGAGAAGUCUUUGGAUACCUGUGUCAUCUGUUUGGAACCACACACCAAACCCGUAGAGCUUAAUCUCUGCCACCAUGUAUUCUGUGAGGAGUGCAUUGGCGAUUUUUUUUCGAGAAAGACCGCAUGCCCCGUUUGCAAUACUGUCUAUGGGAAAAUUUAUGGAGAUCAACCACAAACAGGGACAGCAACAAUUUUCAAAGAAAAAUACUCUCUCCCAGGAUACCCCAAGUCUGACACUUGGGAAAUUCUUUAUGAAUUCCCGGAUGGAGUUCAAUUGGAUUGCCAUCCACAUCCAGGUUUGCCUUACAAAGGGACUCGCCGCUUAGCAUUCCUCCCUGCUACCAAGGAGGGUACGGCUGUUUUACGUAUGUUAGAGAGAGCCUUCAAGCAGGGUCUAAUAUUUACUGUAGGAUCAUCUAGAACAACAGGACAGAGUAAUGUCGUUACUUGGAAUGAUAUACAUCACAAAACCAGACCUAAUGGAGGUCCUGAGAGGUUUGGAUAUCCAGACCCAGAUUAUCUACUGCGUGUCCGUGAGGAACUGGAAGCCAAAGGAAUCACGGAGAGAGACGAUAGGGAACAGCAAUAAGGCAGACAGAUUAACGAAGUAGUUUGAGUCUUUGAUUUGAGUUACUCU